UGGGAUGUGAAAUUAGAGGUUACAAGAUUGGUUUUUUCCUGUUCUGUGUUUGGUUUAGAUUUGAGGGUCGUGAUUGGAUUGUGCUUGUAUUCUCGGAAAACGACGGCAAUCUUGUUUUAUGAUUUUGGUUACUGACUUUUGUGCUUUUGUUGUUGUUUCAGUUUUGUUCCUGGAAGCUAUAACUAAGGACAGUCUAAUGAAACAUGACUUCUUCAGUUCAUGAGCUUUCUGAUAAGAAUGAUAGUCAUGGGAAGCAAGAAGAACGUCCUGAUUCCCAAACCCGACCACCGGUUCCUUCAGGAAGAAGUUCUGAAUCUAUUGAUGCAACCUCUGCCUACUCAGAGCCCGUGGCACAUGGGCUCUACCCGUAUCCAGAUCCUUACUACAGAAGCGUCUUUGCACAGCAACCGUACCUUCCACAUCCCUAUCCUGGGGUACAAUUGCAGUUAAUGGGAAUGCAGCAACCAGGGGUUCCAUUACAAUGUGAUGCAGUCGAGGAGCCUGUUUUUGUUAACGCAAAACAAUACCACGGUAUACUCAGGCGCAGGCAAUCCCGGGCAAAACUCGAGGCACGAAAUAGAGCCAUCAAGUCAAAGAAGCCGUACAUGCAUGAAUCUCGGCAUUUACAUGCUAUAAGACGGCCAAGAGGAUGUGGUGGCCGGUUUCUCAAUGCCAAGAAGAAAAAUGGAGAACACAAGGAGGAAGAGGAGGAGGAGGCAUCCUCUGAUGAGAACACUUCAGAAGCAAGUUCCAGCCUCCGGUCGGAGAAAUUAGCCAUUGCUGCUUCUGCUCCUAAUGGUAGAUCUUGAGUAAGGUUCCUGCUGGACAACAAACCACAGUUUAGUUUCUGUUUUUGGGUGGAUGUUUGUCUCAGAGCAUCAUCGUCUUUAGUGUUUUUGGACGUCUCUGUGUAUAGGUUAUUUGCUAGGGUUACGUUGUUUUAGUGAUUAGAAAUAAUACUGAGCAAAGAAAUGAAAAGUGUGAUUGAAAGUAUUGUUGUACCAAAAUGAUUAUUAUUUUUUUUUGGAAUAUGAACUCAUGUUUUUGGAAA